GCUGUCAAAAAUGGCGCUAUCAAAAGAAGUUCAAAACGCAGCAGAUGAGAUUGAUUUGAAGAUUCACUAUAUGUACUACAAUGAAAGUAGAGUCUCGCCUAUUUCAAUAGAAUUUACUGAGCUGAUGUCGCUUGGAUACAUCGGACUGGAAGCAGUCAUACAGUCCCAGAUAAAAUACAUCAGCCGAAUGCCGAUGCUGAGAAUGUCAUACAAGGACAAAGAGGGAGAUUAUGUGGAUCUUUCUCCAGUUAAUUUCUCAAAAUUCCUCAGGACCGUGCGCACAUCAGGUUCAGACGAAAUCCCUGUCGUUAAUAUUAAAGUAUCCGAAGGAACGUCGCCGGGACAUUUCCAGUCGCUAAAUAAUCCUCGAUCCGGAGAAACGGCAGCUCGAAAGGAGUUGAAUUUCCAGACACCCACAUUUACUAAAAGCACCUAUAAUCCGAGUGAUGAAUUUCUCGAUUUUUACACCUACCGAUCGCCGAUCGAACAGUCCAUAAAAGAUCUUAACAAUGACAUAGAAGAAUUGGAGACAGAAGUAGAAAGUGCAAAGGAUUACGCAUUGAGUAUGCAAGAAAAAUACUGUACAGCCCCGCAAAAUAUCGGAAACUUUACCGGUAAGCAAUGCGGAAAUUGCCAUCUGCGACUUGACCACAAUGCAAGACAGUGCACUAUUGAAAAAUGUGUGACAAGUCAGCAAUGCGGUGAUGUAAGUAAACAUCCGGAAGAGAAAUCAAUUGUUGAAAGUUCAAAUGAGCACCUCAAACGACUUGAGAAAAAUUUGCGAGAUAAAAAGUUAGAACAGGAGACAAAAGUGAAGGCAAUUGAUUCUGUUAAAAACUCUUUCAGUCAGAAAAUCGGGGGAUAUCUAAUUAACAGCGACAAAGGAAAAUAUUUACUAAAAACUGCAAACGGGCAAUACGUACCAAGAUCCGGCAUUGUCAACAUUGAUACGGCAAAACUUGAGAAACAUUUUCACGGAAAAGUGCCAGAUAACUUGGAGCAAAUAUCGCACACGUUUCCUACAAUAAUAAUAAAGAAUUUUGACGGCGGACGUCCCAGACCUCGGAAUAUUAACAUAGGAAAUCCAGCUCGGCCAAUUCUGGAGGCGAACUCCGUGCGGUUUCCUGCGGCAUUAGGAAGGCCCCCAAGUCCAAACGAACCAUGUCCCUGGGAUGAAUCCGUGCCCCCUAAGAAAAGGCGUUAAAUGUACAUUGAAAACGUGUAAUUAAAUGGUUAUGUCCAACUU